GCACGAAGAGGGCCAGGGCACAGCCAACACAUUUGCAGCUCAAGAAACGCCUUUUCUCAAAGACACGGGCUCGCCUUCUGCACGAUCUUGUCUAGCUUUGGAAGGGCUGAUCUGUUUGAAUUCAGCUGCCUGUUGUUUCACGGCAACUGCUUCUUUGAGCUCUUUCCGUGGAUUGGUGCCGCCGCGAAUUGUGCCAAAACCAGAUGAGAUCUGGACCGUAAUUCCAUCUAUCGCAAGGGCCUCGAGCUAUGGCCUGGGCGCAGCCCCAAAGCUACAGCCCUGAGAGCUACUCUAAGGACAGCAGAAAGCGGAGGCGCUCCCAGGCUUUGGCGAGCGAUGGGCUUCCUUUACCGAUCCGGUACACAAACGUCAUCUUCUUCGUGACGUUUCUGCUCGCGACCUGGCACCUCCUGAUCCGGUGGAAGGAGAAGGAUCUCACCAACACGCCGUUCAUCCUCUUCAAUUGGAAGGACGUGCUAGCUCUGGUUACGGAGCUGGGGUCGUUUGUUUACCUGAUUGGCUUCUUUGGCAUUUACUAUGUAGAGCAUGCGAUAGGUAGGUCAACGAGCGAGGAUCUGGAUGAGGGCAUCGCAGCGGGGCACCAAGAACCAGUCUUGCUGCACAAAGUAGCGCGCUCUCCACCGCAACUAGAUGGGAGGACUCUUGUAGAUCAGGAGGAUGAGCGGAUCGCACGCGCGGUUGCUGUGGGGGAGCUCCCCUCUCACACAUUGGAGACGGAGCUCGGGGACUGCCAGCGGGCGGUGGUGGUCCGAAAACGGUCUGCAGAGCUGCGGACGGGGAGGUCGCUUUCCGGACUCCCCCUAGACGGCAUGGACUAUUCCACAGUCAUCGGCGCAUGCUGCGAAAUGGUGAUUGGACAUAUACAGAUCCCAGUAGGUGUGGCAGGACCUUUGUUGCUAGACGGCGUAGAAUACACUAUCCCGAUGGCCACUACAGAGGGCUGCUUGGUAGCAAGUACCAACAGGGGCUGCAAGGCAAUCCACCAGUCAGGAGGGGCCCGCAGCGUUCUGCUGGGGGAUGGGAUGACGCGCGCGCCUGUUGUGCGGUUCCAAUCGGCGCAGCGCGCGGCGGCGCUCAAGUUCUUCCUGGAGGACUCGGAGCACUUCAUGACGGUUGCUGAGGAGUUCAACCGGACAAGCAGGUUUGCGCGCCUGCAGGACAUCAAAUGCACGGUGGCCGGGCGCAACCUGUACAUGCGCUUCUGCUGCACGACAGGGGACGCCAUGGGGAUGAACAUGGUGUCAAAGGGCGUGAACAACGUUCUGGAUUACCUGGUCAAGGCUUUUCCCGACAUGGAGAUUAUCAGCAUCUCUGGAAACUACUGCUCAGACAAGAAACCGACUGCGAUCAACUGGAUCGAGGGCCGCGGCAAGUCGGUCGUCUGCGAGGCGACCAUCAGCGGCGCAGUGGUGUCAAAGGUUCUGAAGACGACCAUCCCCGCCCUCGUCGAGCUCAACAUGCUCAAGAACCUGACGGGCUCCGCGAUGGCUGGCGCGAUCGGUGGCUUCAACGCUCACGCCUCCAACAUCGUCACGGCGCUCUUCAUCGCAACCGGCCAAGACCCCGCCCAGAACGUGGAGAGCAGCCAGUGCAUCACGCUCAUGGAGGCGGCAAACGGGGGGCGCGAUCUGCACGUCUCAGUGACGAUGCCCUCGCUCGAGGUGGGCACGGUGGGGGGCGGGACGCACCUCGCGGCGCAGAGCGCGGCGCUGAAUCUGCUGGGGGUGAAAGGCGCGAACCUGGAUCGGCCCGGGGCAAACGCACAGCAACUGGCCAGGAUUGUGGCUGGCGCGGUGCUGGCGGGCGAGCUGUCGCUGAUGUCAGCGCUGGCGGCGGGCCAGCUGGUGCGCAGCCACAUGCAGUUCAACCGCUCCAACUCGCAGCUCGCCAUGAUGGGUGCGACCAAGGCCGUCGACACCGGCGCAAAGGAUGCGAUCACCGAGCCCACCGGGGAGUGCCUGAAGCAAAAGUAGGGUGCUCAGUGGAAGACUUUCCUGGGGAAGGUGGAGGUAGCAGCCUCCAGGGGGGGGCGUGGCCGACCCUCCCUGGGGGGCUCUCAUGCAGGGGGAUCCCCUUGAGUGGGUGGGGUCGUCUUCAGUAGUGGGCUGAAGGGCAAGGGGGGUGCAAAGCACCGGAGGUUUGCUCAAGCGGGCCUGGUAGUGAACAGGCUUUGGGAACCAGUAAUGCGAGACUGGCCUUCCCUGUGUGUAUGCUCGUUUAGGUCUAGGUUUAGAAAAUUAGAACCAUGCCGGUCUAGGUGCCCCAAUCUGGCGGCCUGUGACGAUGCAGGACACGCUAGCGGGGCUAUCACUGUGACAGAAUGGCAAAGCAGGUGCAAGCAGCCAGGUUAAGUAGCUAGCGUUGUCAUCUGCAACGACUUUGUGUGUUGUGCGUGCAAUCUUUUUCAAAGAUGACUGUUCAAUGAUCGGAUAU